GACUUUGCGAGUGUAUGUUGUGGGAGAAAGGUCAUGUCGUAUCUGGGACACCCAGAACUAAACGACAUGCCCUUUCUUCGGCGUCACAAACUAACCAGAGCCACCAACCUCUCACUGACCCAGUGAGUGCACAGGUCCGUCACCGUCAUGUCAUUGUCGGUGACUCUCUCGGCCCCCUCGCUCUCCUCUUUCCCUCGAUACCAACGGCGAAACCUUCCAACCAAUUUCUCUUUCAAAUCCUCCCUCUGUCAAUUCCGCUCCUUGGAAACCCUCCCUCGUCUUCACGCUUCUAGACGGAACUCCAAUUUCCCGCCGGGCAGUGAAGGUCUUGGAGAUGAUCCUCGCAAUUGGAGCCGUUCGAUCGUGUCCGAGUUCGACGAUGACGAGGAUGAAGAGGAAGACGAGGACGAGGACGAAGAUAGGAGUUUCGAUCUGCUUGUUCGGUUUGUUCAGAACGUCUUCAAGAAGAUCUCCAGGCGAGCCCGCAGGGCCGUACGAUCAGUUUUGCCCAUUGCUAUUUCUACCAAACUGGUCGGGUUUUCUGUCAAUGGAGUCUUAGUUCUGGCAUUUCUGUGGGUCUUGAAGGCAUUUCUUGAGGUUAUUUGCACUCUUGGAAGUGUAGUGUUUGUAAGCAUCUUACUUAUUCGUGGGAUAUGGACUGGGAUAACUUACUUACAAGAAGGCCGCCACCAGAAGGUGAAUGAAUUUGAUGGUGAUCACCGUGCAUGGACGGGUACACAGCCUUCAACUUGAUUUGUCCUUUCUAGGAUUAGGAAAUGUUAAAAAAUGUCACACCGCACAACAAUAAAGACAUCCUUAAUAAGAGGAGCUGUCAAAAUCAAGGAUGUUGGAAAUUACUUUUGUGCUUUUGAUGAUACAACGAUGGCGUUGUGCAUGAAGAUCUAGAAGAAUUCAUUCUCAUUAUCUUGUAUCAUAUAGAGGAGAUGAAUAAGAGCUAAAAUUAUAGGUAUGGAUGCCAGGCAACCCCUGUAUCAUCACACAUCAGAUAUACAUGUAUCUCAUCAAGCUUGAUCCUUGUGAUUGGGUAUUUAUAAAAGAAAUUUUGGGUC